UAACCCAAGGCCCCCUUAUUUUUCUCUCUCACGCGUUUUCCGCUUCUCUCUUCUCUUCACUAUGGACGACCACGACUCCACCCCGCCGCGCCUCCUGGGCCCACUCGGGAAGCUCCGCCGCCGCAACUCCAUCUCCACCUCCAAGCUCAGCCACCUCUCCUCCUCCUCCUCUGCCUCCUCUUCCUCAACCUCCACCGCUCCCAACUCACCCAUCAAGCCGCGCCACAGCUGCAGCUUCCCAACCCAAAACGCCACCGCCGCCGCAACGCCGCGCCACCGCCCGCCGCAGCUCGACCUGGAGCUGCUCUCCCCCAAAAGCUCCGAUUCCUACACCUCCCUCAAGGACCUCCUCCCCUCCUCCUCCCUCACCGCCGUCCAGUCCCCGACGCCCAACUCCACCGCCGCCACCUCCUCCGGCUACGAGAUCUCCAUCCGCAACCGCCUCGUCCAGCAGGCCGCCUGGGCCUACCUCCAGCCCAUGUCCUCCACCUCCGGCCCAUCCGGCCCACACUUGCUCCACCGCCUCUGGCUCAACUGCCUCUCCUUCCUCUCCCGCUUACUCCCCUGCUUCCACCUCUCCUAACAUUUCUCAUUUUCCCUUUUUACCCUUGUGUGUAUAAAUUCGAGCAUAGGAUUGGUUUGCCAACAUUUAGUGGAGAAUGAAUGAAUUUGAAUUGAAUAUGUAUUUGAGUUUUCCAUAGACACAGUUCUUGACCCACUUUGAGGGAUCUGUACAGUUUUUGUGCUAACAAUUCCUGUCUAUAUUAAUCACUCAUCUUUCCCAGCGGCGCCAUUCGACUGCUCAUUUACCGGCUGCAAGGUUGGAGUUCAAUCAGUUCAACACACAAGACAGGAAUUUCGAUACCCAAAAACUGAGGAUUGUGAUAGAAUGAGAGUUUUAA